CAGCCUGGCGUUUACAGAAAUAGCACUGAGGGAGGGAGGGUGCGGGCAGAUCAACGCUCACAUCAUCCGACAAGCCAGGCUCGGACAAACACAGCUCCGGCACUCAGCCUUGUGCCAAUUACUUCUUUGCAUUGCCUGCGGUUUUUGGGGGAUUUCCACAAUGGUUUACCACCCUGAAUUUGAAAAUGCCGGGAAGGAGACUGGCCUGCAGAUCUGGCGGGUGGAGAAGCUGGACCUCGUGGCUGUGCCGAAGAACCUAUAUGGAGACUUCUUCAUGGGAGACGCAUACCUGGUGAUGCGCACCAUUCAGCAGCGCUCGGGCAAGUUUCAGUAUGACCUGCACUUCUGGCUGGGAGACUCGUGUUCCCAGGAUGAGAAGGGGGCGGCUGCUAUCUUCACGGUGCAGAUGGAUGACUAUCUCGAUGGGAUCCCUGUCCAGUACCGCGAGGUUCAGGGCCACGAGUCCAAUGUCUUCCUGGGCAACUUCAAGCAAGGCCUCAAGUACAAGGCUGGUGGAGUUGCAUCUGGAUUAUCCCACGUGGUGCCCAAUGAGGUGACGGUGCAGCGAUGCCUCCAUCUAAAGGGCCGCAGGACGGUGAGAGCGAUCGAGGUCCCCUUGGCGUGGGAUAGCUUCAACUCUGGAGACUGCUUCAUCAUUGACCUGGGAGAUGAAGUCCUGCAGUGGUGCGGCUCCAAGUGCAACAGGUUUGAACGGCUGAAGGCCACCUACAUUUCCAAGGGUAUCCGUGACAACGAGCGGAGUGGGCGUGCCCGUGUCAGGGUGAUGGAGGAAGGAAGGGAAUCGGAACGGCUGCUGGAGAUUCUUGGACCAAAGCCAGAUCUGCCCGAAGGAUCGGACGAUGAAAUUAAAGCUGAUGCAUCCAAUCGGAAAAUGGCAAAAUUGUACAAGGUUUCAAAUGCUUCUGGAGGAAUUAGUAUUUCCCUGGUGUCUGCAGAAAACCCCUUCAAACAGGGCACGUUGCAAUCUGAGGACUGCUUCAUCCUGGACAACGGAUCGAACGGGAAGAUCUUUGUGUGGAAAGGUAAGCAGGCCGACCCAGAAGAACGCAAAGCUGCUCUGAAAGGCGCGGAGGACUUCAUUUCCAAAAUGGGGUAUCCUCAACACACCCAGGUUCAGAUCCUGCCAGAGUCUGGCGAGACCCCACUCUUCAAGCAGUUCUUCAAGAACUGGGUGGACCUGUACCAGACGCAGGGAAUGGGGACCUGCUACAUCUCUGGGCAGAUCGCCAAGAUUGAGAAAGUGCCCUUUGAUGUUGGAACUCUGCACGAGUCUCCAGCCAUGGCUGCCCAGUACGGAAUGGUGGAUGAUGGGUCUGGGGAGAAAACGAUGUGGCGAAUCGAAGGCAGUGACAAGGUGCUGGUGGACCCUGGCACCCAUGGCCAGUUCUAUGGAGGGGACUGCUACAUUAUCCUGUACGCCUACACCUUCGGUGGGAGAAGUGGCCACAUCAUCUACUUCUGGCAGGGAAGUGACUCCUCCCAGGAUGAGAUUGGUGCCUCCGCCAUCUUGACUGCCCAGCUGGACGAGGAGCUGGAUGGUGGCCCGGUCCAGGUGAGAGUGAUCCAGGGCAAGGAGCCAGCACAUCUGAUGAGCAUGUUUGGAGGGCAGCCGCUGGUGGUCUACCAAGGUGGCAGCUCCCGGGACGGUGGGCAGAGCGCGCCCGCGGACAAUCGCUUGUUCCAAGUCCGAGCCAGCAGCUCUGGAUCCACCAGAGCAGUGGAGGUCGAUACCACAGCCUCCAACCUGAAUGCCAACGAUGUCUUUGUGCUGAAGACCCCCGACUCCAGCUACCUGUGGGUGGGUCAAGGAGCCAGCGACCCCGAGAGGCAGGGGGCCCAGCAGCUCCUCGACAUCCUGGGGGUCGGGGCCACAGAUGUAGGGGAGGGCAGCGAGCCUGAUGAUUUCUGGAAUAUCUUGGGAGGGAAGGCUGAAUAUCGCACUUCACCGCGGCUGAAGAACAAGAUGGAUGUCCACCCCCCUCGUCUCUUUGCCUGUUCCAACAAAACCGGCCGUUUCAUUAUCGAGGAGGUUCCUGGCGAGCAGACCCAAGACGACUUGGCCACUGAUGACGUCAUGAUUCUUGAUACCUGGGACCAGGUCUUCGUCUGGAUCGGUAAAGAUGCUCAAGAGGAGGAGAAGUCUGAGGCCUCGGCAUCGGCAAUGAUGUACAUCGAGACGGACCCGUCGAACAGGGACCGUCGGACUCCUAUUGUGGUGGUGAAGCAGGGCUUUGAGCCUCCCUCGUUCAGCGGCUGGUUCCUGGCGUGGGAUAAUGAUUACUGGAGCGUGGACCCCCUGCAGAGGGCCAUGGCUGACCUGGAAGUGGAGUGAACUGCUGGCCAGCCUGCCCCUACCGCCCACCUGCUCCCUGCACCAGGCUCGGGAGAGAUGGAACAGCUGCUUCAGCCACUAGCACUGCCAUUUUCUCCAGCUGAUUGAUUUUUUUUUUAACCGUGCAAUAUUUUGGCCACGCAUUAGCACUUGUUAAACAGUAUCUCAGGCUUUCCAAAUAAAGGUUGACAUGUUCGGAACAGAA